AUGACUGAUGAAUCUAAAAGUCAACUAAGAGAAACUGAAGAGAGUUUGUCAAAAAUUUGGAAGCAAACAGAAUAUCCUUCAAAGUCAGCAAACCCGUUGACUUUGAAGAAAAAACCACUUGAAAAAGCUUUGAACAAGAUUAAAGAUAAGAAGAAGAACGAAGAGAAUAUAAAAAUCUUUGAGGAGGAAGAUUUUUUCAAAUUUUUAAAAGCAAAAAUUAAACAAAAAAGAGAGGAACGUCCAAAAUUUAAGAGGGCUCAAGAAGCUCGUUUUUCUUCUGGAAAAAUUUGGGUUUCUCCGCCAUUAGUGGAUUGGGCAGGGCAAUUAAAUGAAGAAAUUGUUGAAAAUCUGUUUAAAAAUCUUCCAAAAAUGUUGAAACAUGUAGAAGUGGCUGAAGAGGCUGUGAAUAUGGUUUUGGUAUUAGAUGAGAUUAAUCGUGUCAUGGAAUACGAGACGGCAAUAAAUGAAAUUGAAUGGGCUUUGGAGGAUGAAGAAGAGAAGAAAAUGAAGGAAGAGGAAGGGAAGAUGGGGAAUGAAGUAGAGAAGGAGGAAAAGGGUGAAGAGAAGGGAGAACUGAAGAAAAUGAAGGAAGAGGAGAAGAAGAUGAGGAAUGAAGUCAUGAAGGAUGAACUAGAGGUGGAAGAGAUGAAAAUGAAGGAAGAGGAAGGGAAGGUGAGAAAUGAAGUCAUGAAGAAAGGAAGAGAUGAGGAAGAGAAGGAAGGGAAGAUGAAAGAAGAGAAUGGGAAGAUGAAGAAUAAAGUCAUGAAGGAAGGAAUGGAUGAAGAAGAGGAAUAUGAAAAGAUGAGCAAGGAGAAGGGGAAGAUGCGGAAUGGACUUGUGAAGGACGAACAGGAUGAAGAAGAAAAGAAGGAGAAGAUAAAAGUUGAAAAAGUUGUGACUUACAAACAAGAAAAAUAUAAAGAUGGAAAGGGUCGUUUGUACCACCAUUGGCUAAAAUUAACUCUUUAUGGAAUUCUCAACAUUUCAGCGCCGGGGGAUAAUGUGGAUGAACGGUUGAAGGAAGGAUUGGAACGUUUAAAUCAAGCAAAUGAUUUUGUUAAUUUAUUACAUGAAGAAAACAAGUCUAGAAUUGAGUUUGAAGUUGGGGUUGAAAAUAGCAAAAAUUGCAAGGAUUAG